GUUCGCACCUCGUUGCGAUUUGUGAGGUGACAUAACCUAGAUUUAUGAGAAAAACGUAAAUAAAGUAACUUAUUAUCAAUCUUUCGAUACUUUAACAAGUUGUGGCAAUUAAAUAACAUGAUUGGACUGUGUAGAGCGCGGGAUGUGUUUACUAAAAUAAUUACAAGAUCUACCGUUAAUAAUUUUCAAAUAAGCAAGAUUCGAUAUUCGAAUGAACGCCCGUUAGAUGUUAACACCAACGUUGCUAAAGAUGUUAUAUUAUUUAAAUACGAUAAUUCUCGAUUUUUUAAAAUUGUGAAUAUUUUUGCUGCGUGUCAAUUUGUAUUUUGGUCUUACCUGUCUGUGUUUUCAUACACUACCCUUCGAGAUGCCCCAGUUGAUCAGUCAAAAGAGACUGCGUGGUGGAGGAAAAUCAACCUCGGCGAAAAUAAAUAUAGAAAUAGUUUAGCGUUAAUUUCGUUCGCUAUAGGUUAUGGAAUUUUAACAGUAACUUGGAUGUAUACCCUAAAAUCAGUUCGUUAUCUGAUUUUACAUCAAGGUGGUCAAAAUAUAUCAUUAGUCACUUACACGCCAUUUGGCGGCAAUCGUAUCCUAACAGUAAAUUUGAAAAAUGUAAGUUGUAAGGAAUCGAGAACUGUGGCAAAGUCUCAGUUACCAAUUAAGGUAAAGGGUCAUUACUUACACUACAUACUAGAUAUGCGAGGCGACUUUAAAAACCCAAAAUUAUUUGAUUAUACUGCUGGCUUACAACGAAAAUGGAGAAAAAUAGGUUAGCCUUAGGUUUAUUUUGGAAAGAAUAACUGACAACUUUGGAUGAAUAAAACUGUAUUUUUGUACAAACAUAUAACAAACAUAAAAAUCACUCUUGUAGAACUA